CAAUUCGAAUUCUGUAAGCAAUGGACAGCGACCGUGAUUAGUCACGAGUCACGACUUGUGUAAUAACGUUGUUUCUUCUUUGUGAUACUAUUAGUUAAAUAACAAUUUAAUACAAUAUUUUAAUGAACGAAUGCGUCUAAGAUUGAUAAAAAGACUUCAAUCGUUACUGGAUUUACGGAUUUCAAAAUGAAAAUGACUGUGUUCAGAGUCUUUACGUCGUGCAUUGCGACUGUAUGCUUCAUAUCAUCAGUAUCCUCGAGGGCCGCUCCGGUUCUACCAUUGGUUUCGGUUAUGAAUGAUGUGAGUCCGAUCACAGAAAAACACUUAGACAAACAACAUGAAAACUUCGUCAAACAGAAUUUUGUGGAUCUCAAACCUUGCGAUUCCGAGAUAAUUGCGAAUAACAUGUUGCGGAAACUAGCAGUAAACAAGCCGGUGGCAUCUACGAAAUUUAGCCGAUUACGUGGAUCCUACGACACCAAAGUAAAAGAUCGCUUAAACAAAGAUAUCGAUGACGACAAUAAUACCUUUUCUUUAUUUGAAAAUUGGGAAGACGCUAUUCCUAUAUUGAUGUCGACAUCGGAGCAGGAAAACGAACAUUACGAGCUCCCAGAACCCUAUAAUUCUUUCGAGCAAGACAGUACAUAUCAGUCCAACGAAUCUAACCAUCCACAAGAGUCCAACGAAUCCAACUAUCCACAAGAGUCCAACGAAUCCAACUAUCCACAAGAGUCCAACGAAUCCAACCAUUUACAAGAGUCCAAUGAGUCCAACCAUUUACAA